UGUCAGUGUCAAUCUAGUCAAAUCAAUUCACAAAAAUCAAGAAAUCCAAAAUGUGUGGAUUGAUUUUAUUAGUGGUACCGAUGAGUAAUUGAAAUGAAUUUACGAGGAAACCGAUUAAAAAUACCGCGUGCAUUCCCAGAUAUAAAGUUAAAUUGCUGCUGUAGUUAAGCUUCCAAAAGGAUCUUCACUAACAUGAAGGUGCAUUUGGCAUUAUUGUUUUUAUUUUUCAACUGUGUGCGGACAACGGAGAAUGUUUUCGGGAUAUUCCCGGACCAAGUGAGUGAGCAGGGCUUGUCGAACAGUCGGUUCGCCUUUGACCCGUGGAGACACAACAGCUUAAGUUUGAGCAAGCGCGAUGUGGUACCGCAAGUCGGGCAAACCGAGGGUGGGCCAGUGAAGCAAGACCCUGGCCUUCCACAGGCACCGCCAGUCAAACCGAUAGCCUCAGAGGCCAACAAGACAGCUGAGAACCUGGACCCAGUUGCUCAAAAAGUUUCAGUGCUUCCUGUAGCUAACAGCAGCUCUACAACAAUUGCUCCAGCAGUGAAUGUAACAAGUGCUCCGGUAGCUACUGUUGUGAAUACAACAGCAUCAACCACCAAAGAGGCACCCUCUCAGCUGGACCUCAACAACCCUGGAGUCCUGAAACGAGGGUUGAUAGUGUUUGGAGGGUUUGCCCUGUUAGCGGUGGCAUAUUAUGUGUUCUUCAGGAGAAAUCAUGGAAAGUCCAGUUCAAACAAUGCACACAACCCACCAGACCAGAACCAGUUCCGCUAUGGAGUCCUCCCAUCAGGCGAUCAGAGGGACAACCUCGAGUUGUCUCGGAUACCACUAACCAUGGACUCUGACGAAGAUGAUGAUGAAGACCUUGAGAUUUUUGACCUGGGACAGAAAAAAAAGUCUCUGUCUUAUGUAAACCUGCAGCCGAGCUUCGAAGACAUCAAUAUAGCAAGCAGUCACGGGUCUGACGGCAAAGCUGACCAUGACAACUUACUACUGGAUAUCGACACCAACGACCACUUGAUCAACUGGUCGCAGAACAGUCAUCACGAUUCGAAUUUUGACACAAAUUUCGAUAGCAAUUUUGGCACAACCAUAGACCUCAAUACGGAUACAAAUGCGGAUUAGUGUUGACUGUUAUAGAAAUAAUUGAGUUCAAAUAAUGCAAAGUGUUGCGUGUGGAUGUGAUCGCUGAUCAGUCAUGAGUUUGUUAUUACAAACUUUGUUCGAGUGUUGAUUUUAAUCAGCGAAGCUAAAAUAGGAUGAAGGUCAUUCCAACCAUCUGCUUGUGAUUCAUAACCCAGUUGAAUUGAAUACAUGUGUGUUGAGUGUAAUGUUCAGUUUCACAAGCUUUGGUGAACAGACUGUAUGCAUUUAUGCAGUAAUAUACAAGGUUUUUUUUAUUUAGUCCGUACUUAAAAUGCCAUUAUAAUAUUUAAUUUAUAACUAAUAUCUACUUAGUUAUUACUUAUUUUACAAUCCACUGCUGUACUAUAAUGUCUCCAUUGCAAACAAAAUUUUGGACUUUUUAACUAUAAUGUUGUGAUCUUACUAUUAUGUUGUAAUGUAGUCAUACAGGGGUUUAUUUACAGUGUAUGUAGUGUUCCAUUCAAAAUCUAUGGACCAAAACAUCUGAAAUAACAUUUAUAAAUUGCAUUUUGUUUCUUUUAUUUUACUAUUCCGUAGAGCAAUGCAAACAAUUUUCAGUCUUCGGAUGUUUGCUCAUUUGUAUGCCACUGUUGCUCAUAAUAGUUAUUAUAGUAACAGUUGUUCUUCAAUAAAUAUUGUUAUGGAUAUAAAAACACAUUUGGAGGAAGAAAUUAUUAUUCACAUACUUAUUGAAGUAUUUCCUCUUAUUUUGCUUAAAUAUCAUACUGCUAAUCCCAUGUAUAGAGUAUUUUUCUAUGUAGGUACUCUUCAUUGAGUGUCUUUCGGUUUCUAUCUAUUAUAAUAUACAUACACAUUUAUAAUUUGUAAACACAUCACAAUUUCAGAUUAUUGAAGUUUUUGACUCUUCAUAGUGACGAAAUAUUUAAAUAUAGGGCCUAAAUUCUAAUGACAUAACUCUGGUAUAGAUAGGUAAAUAAGGUUUUACUUUUAACUAUGGUCCGACUAUUUUGUGCUCGAUAAUUCUGCAGGGGCAGGUUGGGGCAAGGACGAGGUUCUUCAUUGUAAAUAGUAACUGUGGUCAAACUCACCAACUGCCUAUUCAUUUAUUCAAACCUUCAUAAGUAGCUGUACAGGUUGUACACCCUUGUAACUUUUCUCAGUGCAUGAAAGGUAAUGGAGUUUGUGAGUUUGACAAAAUACAAAAGUGUAAGUAGUAAGUAUACAAAAGCUACGUCUGCACCACCUAAUCUGGAACAUAGUAACACUGUGUACUGAUAAACCAAGUCGCUAGCGUAAUUCGAUAGCAAUUAGUAUGACAUCUUUAUCAGCGCCUCUAUUGGUAACGUUAGAAACUAAUAAAACGCAUACAAAUUCCAGAGACUUGCCUAUCGAAUUACUAUCGACUUAUGUCGACAACAGUCGUGACUACCUCUGAAAAUAUGUAAGUACUUACCAAUGUACCUAAGUAGUUACCCACUCGGUAGGUACUUACCAGGUUCUUAACCAACUGAACUUAUAUUUAAUUAACGCUUUUAAAUGUUUGAAUUGCAGAGUUAAAAUUGGUCGUUUCAGAAUGCUGAAAUAUUUUUAUACUUAUAAUUAUUUAGUUAACGUGAUUUAUAAUUAGUGGCAAAUGUUUAAAAAGGGAUAAGCAAUGUUGUCUGUGAUCAUUUCUAACUCCUUCGACUUCUUUCAGAACCUACACAUUCUUAUAUAGGUGGGUUUCUAUUGCUUCUGUUAAAAACAGUAUAUUUACUAUUUAAGUACCUAGCUAGGUACUAUUGUAAUGUCGGAAGUAUAUGCCUAUUGUUGAUUUUGCUUACGUAACUAAUAAAUAAAGUAUUUUUUCAAAAUAAUACCAA